UGGAAAGAGGAACCUUCCUUAUGAGAAAAAGACAGGAAAAUUAAAGGAGAAAAAAAUAUCUGUCAUGCAUGGAGCAUCCCAGUGCUUGUCCUCGCCUUAUUCCUUCGCUCUUGAUGUCCAUUGCAAUGAGCUAAUUUCCAAAUGAUCCAUGUAUCCAAAUAUCGGAAUACCAUGUCGUUGUACUUCGCCGCUUCGUGCAUGGAUUUGGUUGGUUGGUUUUCCAUAUACCAGAACCGAUCUCGGCUUUAGCUGAAGUCGUCCCGUCUUCGAUUGAGCAGACACUCUACAGGAAGAUAAGAUCUAUGAAAGGUUCCAGUCUCUAUGCAGGAGCAACUUGUUUUCGGUCGAUGAAUCUUAUCACUCCAGUGCUCAUGUUUUCCCAUGGUUGUCGGAAGCUGUGCUGCAGAGACUUCUGGGAAGCAGUUUAAUGUUAUGCUGAAGAAGGGAUGUCUGCUUAUGCUCACCAAAUGGAAAGAGAAUUCUCCGCUCGGAGCCUCCCGAGCAGAGGGAACUCUGAGGUGGCUAGCUCUAUUGGCUCGACGGAGUUCGGAUUCUACAUGACAUCUUUUGCAGCUACCGUCUUCAUUGCUGCUCUCGUGACCACCGGAAUUUUGCUAGUCACUUUACUGAUUGCUCUCACAGUUAUGCUGCAAUCCUGUGAGAGUAAGAAUGCCGGAAUCAUUGAGAUCAAGAGAUUCAGUAACAACAACCGUGAUGUCUGCAGAAUAUUCGAUCUGCACGCGGAGCUCAAUGGCCUGCACGAAAUUGAGUAUCCUUCUACUUGUCAUGAUCUUGCAGUUUCAUAUGUCAGAGGAGGCCAAUAUGAGAGAGAUCUGAGCAUCUCGAUCGCAAUUGCUGAGGAUUAUUUCAGUGAGAUCCGACCGCUCGGCAAUGGUUUAGAUUUGAUUCUGAUAGACAUUGACGAUAUCUUAUCUUCAUCUUCACAUCAGCGAUCUGAACGAGAUGCUUUUAUCCACUAUAUCGACAAGGCAAACCGUUUGAGGAACCAUUCAGUCCUGAAGUUAUACCUGAAACUGCAAGCAACUCGAUGGUCUUUGGGUUUGUUGACGAGAAAUCUCGAACAAAACAAAGAUAUUGUCACGAAUCAACUUGUUUCAGCAGGGUUCAAGAAUUGGUCUUCAUUGAUCAUGAGAUUUGAUAACGAAACGCAAAUGGACAGCCGAGAGUAUUUCCACAGAAAGAGAGAAGUUCUUCAUGAUACGGGUUACCGGAUAAAAGGAACAAUUAGCAGUCAGUUGGAUGCUCUAACUGGACCGGGUUCAGGGGAGCGUGUCUUCAAGAUCCCGAACCCUAUGCAUCAGAGUCUUUUCUACCCGUUCGACGGGGCAAGAACCGAGUAGAUCAUGCUUCGCAUAGGAAUUACUGAUAUUUCAAAGUUACCCGGUUCUGAGCAGGUUUUCCACACUGCGCCCUGACCCUCUUCAGUUAUGACGUUAUUGUUUAGAAGAGUAUAUCACUGAUAUUUUCCUGGUUCAAAACAAAUCGCUUAUCAAAGAGAUUGUUAGUGAUGUGCUCUAACUUCCUCAAUGUUUUGA